AAAUCCGCAUCCCGACGGGCGCGGAGAUAAGGGACCGAGCGGCCUUCUAGGCCAAGGGGGCCUCACACACAGGAAGUGACUCCGUACUGAGCAGAGAGAUCCUCCCCGGCCUCUCCGAGGGCCCGUCUCUGGACGGCGGCGAUCGGCUGGGGGGGGGCGCGGACGGCCCCGGGACGAUGUCCGACUCCGGCCUGCUGGGCUCCCGGCCCCUGGCAGAAUACGGGACCGCGGCCUCGGGACCUGGAAGGACACCCCCUCCCUCGGCCACCUGGACCAUCUCCAACAGGAGACUCCACUUCGCCGUAGCGGUGCUGUGCUACGUUAACCUCUUAAAUUACAUGAACUGGUUUCUCGUCGCAGGGGUCCUCUUGGACAUCCAGAAGUACUUCCGGAUCAGCGACAAGAACGCGGGCUCGCUGCAGACCGUGUUCAUCUGCAGCUUGCUGGUGGCCGCGCCGCUCUUCGGCUUCCUGGGCGACCGCUACAACCGCAAGCGAAUCCUGAGCUGCGGCAUCGUCCUGUGGUCCUGUGCCAGCCUCGCCGGAUCCUUCGUCUCCGAAUGCUGCUCCUGGCUGUUCUUCCUGUCGCGGGGAGUGGUGGGAGUCGGGGCGGCGAGCUACUCUACCGUGGCGCCCACCAUCAUCGGGGAUCUCUUCGUCAAGGACAAGAGGACCUGGGUGCUGUCCAUCUUCUACAUCUUCAUCCCUGUUGGAAGCGGGCUGGGCUACAUCUUGGGCUCCACGGUGGCCCAGGCCAAAGAAGACUGGCGCUGGGCCUUUAGGAUCAUGCCGUCCCUGGAGGUGGUGGCUUUGGUCCUUCUGCUCCUGGUGGUACCAGACCCUCCCCGCGGGGCCGCGGAGAAGCGGAGAGCGUCCGGUCCUUCCCACAGCUCCUGGGCGCAGGAUGUCAAGUACCUGGGGCACAACCGGAGUUUCAUCUGGUCCUCCCUCGGCGUGACAGCGAUGGGCUUCGUGUCCGGCGCCCUGGGCUUCUGGGGGCCGCGGUUUCUGUACCAGGCCCGCUUGUUCCUCGGCCUGGAGCCCCCCUGCCUCCAGACGCACUGCGACUCCUCAGACAGCCUGAUUUUUGGGGGGCUGGCCAUCGGGACCGGAAUCGUCGGGGUGAUCCUGGGGGCCCAGGUGGCCCGCUACUUCAGGAAGUUCAGCCCCAAGGCGGAUUCGCUCCUCUGCGCCAUGAGCCUGCUGGCGGCCGCCCCCUGCCUCCUCCUGACCAUCUUCUUCGCCUCCAAAAGCAUCGUGGUCACUUACAUCUGCCUCGGCCUGGGAGAACUCCUUCUGUCCUUUAACUGGGCCGUCGUGACCGACAUCCUGCUGGCGGUGGUGGAAGCCAGCCGGCGUGGGACCGCCGAGGCCCUGCAGAUCUCGGUGUGCCACCUCCUGGGAGACGCCGGGAGCCCCUACCUCGUCGGACUCAUUUCCAGCGCCAUUCAGAAGCACCAGUCGGAUUCCUUCCUGGGGGCCGUCCGGAGUCUGCAGUACAGCUUCAUCAUCUGCGUCUUUGUGACCGCCCUGGGCGGCGGCUGCUUCUUCCUGACCGCCCUGCACGUGGAGGCCGACCAGAGGGCUGCCCGCGACGGGCUCGACUCAGGGAGCGAGGAUGAAGAGGGAGGGGAGAACCCGGCUUUCCUUUCACCCGGAGAGGAUCGAGAGGCCCUGUUGGCAGCCGGGCCCUGAGCGAGAGCUCCCUUCCAUCCAGCCGGGCUGGGACCGGCCCCCCGGCCCCCCGAGGCGGGGGGAGAUCCCCCUCCCCGGCCCCACACCCUCCCCGGCUGGACCCCCGUUCCCCAGCUGGGGGAGAGGCCCUGCCCCCCCACAGCUGGACCCCCACUCCUCCAGCUGAAAGCCCCCACCCCCCACGCCUGGCUACACCCCAGCUUUGAACAGUUUUGGACCGUGCUGCUAAAGCUCCAGCUGAAUGGGCAUAUGGCACCUCCCGGCUGUGUGGGGGGCGGUGGGGGGAGCAGCGGUGGGCCGGUCGCCGUGGAAACCCGGGGUACAGCCAUCCUCUCUGCCCGUCCUGCCCAGCCCCCCACCUUCCCGGCCUCGGUCUAUCUCCGGGAAGAGUGGAAGGGCAGAGGGCCCCUCCGAGGGGCAUCUGGGACCCUCUGAAGCCAUGAGCUGGACAGCCAUUAGUCCCGGACGAGUCUUCUCUGCACCUGUGGCCGGCGGCCAGAGAAGUCCCCCGGGGGCUCCGCGCCCGUUUAAGGGGCUUUAAAACAGUCGCCGCUCCAAAUCCAAAAUGGCAGCCAACCCCGGCCCCCAGCACCCUCCGACCCUAGCCCACAGCUGUCCACAGCCCCCUCUUGGGACUGUUCAGAGGGGAACCCCAGAAGCCGACACCCCUCCUGCCAGUCUCCGGUUGGCCAAAGCCGGAGCCGGGCCGGGCCGGAAGGACAGCCUAGCGUGUGCGAGGCUGGAACCCCUGUGACCCCUACGGGCGUGCUCACGUGCUCAAGGUGAGGGGGAACUGGGAGCCCCCAACCUCCCUGUGCCCAGAAAGACCCUUCCCCCAGCAGCGAUUCCCUCCCCAUCCCCAGAUCAGGGCCCCCCAGAUUAGGACGGAGGGCAGAGUGGAAAUAGUUCGGGCCUCCUGGCCCGCUGCCGUGUGCCCUGGGGCAAGUCCCUUAACCUCUCUGGACCUCAGUUUCAUCACCUGUACAGUGGGGACAGUAGUCCCCUCCC